UUACAAUUAGAAAUUUGGAAAAAAAAAAUUAAAUUUCUCAUUCAUCCUCAUAAAAGAAACCCCCAACCCUUAAUAUCCUUAUUGACUAAUCCCAUCAAGCCACUCUCUUUCUUUCCCAAUAAUCUUGGGGGUGACUGUGACUCCGACUCCGUGAGGCAUUAAAAAGAGUGACUCGACUCCUAUAGUAAUGUCACACAGACACCAAAGACUCACAAUUCACAAACCAUUCCAUUCCACCACCCCAAAGUUCCUUCCUUUUUCUCUUCCCUUUCCCCCUUUUGCCUCAAUUCCUCGCCCCUUUACUCUCUUCUUCCCUGAUUUCCAUGCAUGAGAUCCAAUACUCAACAUUUCUUCCUUUCGUAAUUCUAUCUCCAGUUUAAGUCGUGAGUUCUUCAUGUCGUCGUAAUUUGCUCCCGUUACAGUUAUAAGAGUAUACUCUUUAGCAGCAGCCGCCUCUGUGAACUGGGCUCUGAUAAGGAAUUCGACGCCGGCAGUGGCAGGGGACGCCGGUUGUGGGCAGGGCCGGGGGAAUUUUGAUGAUCGGUGGUGGCAGUCGGCUCGCAGCUAUGUCCACGAAUUUCAUUUGGUAGAUGCUUGGCGCGAAACUCUACAGUGCCUAUAAGGUGUUUGUGGUAAGUUCCCUGUGAGUGAAAUGUUCUUGUUCGUUUCUGCUGUGUGUGCUGUUUAUGUUUUUUGGUUUGUUUCAAGAACAGUCCAAUUGGUGAUGGCUUCUAAUUAGCUUCUGUUGGGUGUUGGGAUAUAUAUAUAUAUAUAAUUGAGGGUUUGAUUUGAUUGACAAAUAGAAACCAAUCUCUGGCUUGGUCUCGUUAUAAUUGUCUCCCCACUCAAACAGCCAACGCACAAAAGCCUCCAAGGCACUCUUUUGUUUUGUUCUAUGCAGAAGAAGAUUCUGCCAAUGCUUUGCUACAGGAAUUGUUUGUUAAUAUAAUGGAAAAAGAAACAAACUUUACUUCAUCGUGUUCUUUUCUGAGAGAGAAAAAUUCUAUCAGGAUAUGGACAAGGAGAAAAACUUUGUAAACUCUCUGGGUCCUUAUUGACAACUUUUCUUCUUUAUCAAAGUUCAAAAGGGGAGCUGCUAACAGAAGCAGCUAAAGUCUGCAUAUUCCCAGUGUGGUUUUGGCCUUUGGCCAUGAUUCUGGAUUGAUGACCAUGCAUGACAUAAGCAUUUCAAUUCUUUUGAUCGCCUUUUCUUUUGUUAGAGUUUUCUGUAUGGUAUUGUGAACUUAUGAAGCUGACUAGCUAUAUCUGAAUAAUUAAGCCUAAGUUAGUUUUCAAUUUUCUUGUUAAGAAUCAAACCUCUUGCCUUUUUCUUCAGGAUCUUUAUGCUUAGCUAUAUCAGCUCUGGCAGCUGCCUUUAAUUUUCUAACCCACCAUUGAUGGCUUAGGUUUCCAACCAAUGAAUGGUGAUUAAAGCACCCUGGACCAGUAUAUUAGCUAGUCCCAACCUUCUAUGGACCACCUAAAUACAAUGAUCAUAAUCCGAAAUUCUUCCAUCCUGAAAACUGAAAAUAGGGCAAUUGAUGAUGGAUAGACAGAUAUCUAUAUUAGAUUCGAUAUGGAUGAAGGAUGAUGGUUUCUUAUGUGAUCCUCUUAAUUGUUGCAAGUAAAAUUGUACUUAAAUUUCAGCUACUUAAUACAGCAUUCAUUGGAAAGCUAGCAGCGCAUUUUGCUCCAACUUCUCUUCCUUCUUUUAGCCACCAUGUCCAAGUUGCCCGAGCCCCUUGAGAUGGGCACAAAAGUAACUUCACCCUUGCCCUCAACCUUUGUUCUGCCGUUAUUUAUGUGGAUGUCAUGCUUAACCAUGCAUCCCUACAACCCUUAAUAGAGUAGGAUAACUAUUUUAGCAAAGCGGGACAGAGAUGUUAAUGCUUCCUAUUUAUACACAAGUGACCACAAAAAAUUUUCCUGGUUCCAUACUACUGCUCCAUCAUUUAUGAACUUUAAGCCACCAAAUAGUCAUUGUGUGAUACCUCAACAUGUUUUCGGUUCGUCCUAGAUGCUCACACUGUUAAAUGAAUACUUGGAAGGUCAAGUUCAGUAUGCUAGUAAGAUCUUUAACCGUAUAGAAAUGUCAUACUAUUUGCCAAUAAUCACGAGAUGUUAUUUUCUUUCAUGUGUGGUUGGUCAGUGUAUUGCUUUCACUUCAAUCUUCCACCAUUUAUUGCAAGUACGUAGAUAUGGUUGUCCUAUUGGUACUAUUUUGUUGGAGUGUACUCAUCAGUCACCAACAUUCAUCAGAAUAAUUUACAGUAUCAAAAUACAAAAUUAUAUUUUGACGGAAAUUUGAGAAUUAUGGAUGCUAGUGGCUGAUUGGGUGAUUGCUGACGCCAAAGAAAAUUUAUUAAGGUGCACGGCCGUUUUUUGCAGCCACGAGACAAGGGGGUUUUCAGAACGUUCAGUUCCUUUGUUUGAACUGUGUCAGGAGUUUAUAGCACAAGAGUGCACAAUGUACACUAGCAGCCAAAAGAAGAGCAAUUUAAUGCAACUCCAACCCCAUAUUUCUCUAGAAAGUUGAACUUCUUUGUAAGCUCCGCAAGAGCUUCAUAUGGCAUUGCACGCACUUAAGUCUUGAAUAGAAAUUACCUGAAUUUCUUUUCUUUCGAACAGAUGAAGCUACGAUGUUCCAUGUAUGAAAGGUUUUCUUCUUCUUCAGAGACUGGUGAAGAUGAUGGCUUUGUUUUUGGCCUAAGCUUAAAGAAGAGGUAAGGUCUCUAUAACUUUGUUCGUGAAUUUUGAAGGUGAAUUAUUCUCAACUUGCUACGAAAUUUGUCAUUUCUUUCCUAAAUCUCUCUUUGUUCAUGCAUAUGAAUGAUGAUGAACAAAUUCCCUAGAAAUAUUAGCCAUCUGGUGUUGCAGAUGCUAGAUCACCUAUAUUUUGUCCCUUUCUAAAUGGAUUGCUUCGAAACUUUUGCCUAUCAUUAUUCUGUCUUACCUUCUUCAAACCCAGGAAGCUGCAUUAAAUAAGUUCAAUGAAACUGCAGUUGCAAGUUUGAGUUUUGACAGAAACCGCGACUUUCUUUUUUGGAGAAACAAUUUAAGCCAAGUUUUCGUCUUUCUUCUUCAUCUUCUCUCCCUCUCUGUCACAAGCAACUGUUUCAGUCAAAGGUCAUUAGAUAGCUUUUCCUUGGAUGAUUGUACAUAUUGAACCGCUAAAUGCCAAGCUGUCCCUUCCCAAACUCACUUUUUCUCGUCCUAAUCUUCUUUGCCUUACUUUCUUUAAGAUUGUGGGGAGCAAAGUUACAGUAAAGGUGGUUAAUUUUCUUCAAGAUAAAGCAUAUUGCUGGCUGGCAUGCCCUCUUAAUUGAUUCUAGGAAAAGAAGACUCCCAAGAGAAAAUGAAGUUUAUGAAACUUGGAACCCGGCCAGAUACCUUUUAUACAGAAGAGGCAACAAGGUCCUUGGCAUCAGAGAUCCCCAGUGACCUUGAAAUCAGAAUCAACGGCGUUACUUAUUUGCUCCACAAGUUUGCACUCCUUCCAAGAUGUGGGCUCUUACAAAGGCUCUGUUCUGAUAUUCCUGAAUCCACCACUGUCACAAUGGAGCUCCACGACAUUCCUGGAGGGGAAGAAGCAUUCGAGCUUUGUGCCAAGUACUGCUAUGGAAUAACGAUCAGUCUCAGUGCCCACAACUUUGUGCCGGCAUUCUGUGCUGCUAAGUUCCUUCGGAUGACAGAAUCGGUUGAUCAAGGCAGUUUUGUGCUUAAGCUCGAGGCUUUCUUCAACUCGUGUAUCCUUGAAGGUUGGAAGGACUCUAUCACAGCUCUCCAGACUACGGUGAAGCUGAAUGAAUGGUCUGAGAAUCUGGGGAUCAUCAGGAGAUGCAUCGACUCCAUUGUUGAUAAAAUCCUCACGCCUCCUGCUAAGGUCAGAUGGUCAUAUACUUACACAAGACCAGGGUUCAACAAGCACGAGCAAUCCGUCCCAAAAGAUUGGUGGACAGAAGACAUAUCAGACCUCGACAUAGACCUCUUCAGAUGCAUCAUCACAGCCCUGAAAUCAACGUACCUGCUGCCACCUCAGCUCAUUGGAGAAGCAUUACAUGUGUACGCCUCUCGUUGGCUUCCAGACACCACAAAAAUUCGCCCCUCGGAAAGCUCAGAACCCGGAGAAGUAGUGUCAGACAAGGAAAGUCAGAGAAGAGUCCUUGAAACCAUCGUGAGCAUGAUCCCUGUGGACAGGGGCUCGGUAUCCAUCGGCUUUCUUCUCAGGCUUCUUAACACUGCAAAUUACCUGGCCACGUCUCCUGCUACAAAGGCAGAGCUCAUAAGGAGAUCAAGCGUGCAACUUGAGGAGGCAACUUUGAGUGACAUAUUGUUCCCUUCACAUUUGGGUCAGCAGGUUUAUGAUAUUGACUCAGUUGCAGCUGUGCUUGAGAGUUUCUUGGUGGUUUGGAGACGUGUGUCGCAGGAAGCUUCUGUGGAAGAGAGUCAGGUUGUGGCAUCAAUUCGGAGGAUCGGAAAGCUCAUUCAUUCUUACCUUCAAGUGGUGGCAAAAGAUCCUGACAUGCCCGUGUCAAAGUUUGUUUCUCUUGCUGAAGCUCUACCGGAUGUUGCAAGAAGAAACCACGACGAGCUUUACAAGGCCAUCAACAACUAUUUGAAGGAGCAUCCUUAUUUGAGCAAGGCAGAUAGAAAGAGACUCUGCAGGACGUUAGACUGUCAGAAACUGUCACCAGAAGUUCGAGCCCACGCUGUCAAGAACGAGAGGCUGCCGCUAAGAACUGUCGUUCAAGUUCUCUUCUUUGAGCAGGAGAUCAAAGGUGGUGGUGGUGGUGGUGGUUCGAACAGCAGAAUGUUGUCUCAGGAACUUUCCUUUAACGGGAAGCAGCCGGCACCAUCAGCAAUGGCUGCUGAAGAUUUGAGUAGUAAGCUACAUUUGAAGAGUUCAACACCAGAGAGCAGUAGCAUAAGGAGUAAUAAGCAUGAGAGGGUGAAAAGACCAGAUAGUAGGAAGGGGAAGGUGGAAGAUGAGAGAAAUAUCUUGGUGAGAGGGGAAAUAGAAGAAGAGGUAGAGAAAGGGAAAGAAGGAAGCAAGUUGGACAGGAAGAGAAUAAUGGGGAGCAGAAGUGGAUCAUCAACCCAUGGAAGGGAUAAAGGUAGGGAUAGAUAGGUUAAGGUAGCAGAAGUAGUUGUUCAUUUUGAGCGCCAAACUAAUUUCAUAGUUGGUAGUUUCUGUUCUUUCGUUUGUGUAAAAAGUGAGGAGGGGGGAAAAGAGCAAGAGAGUUAUUCAUGUUGGGCAGUAAAAGAAAAUGUAGAGUUCCUUUUUAUAUGAUGAGGCCUUGUGAUCGGAUUGAUCAAUAAUUAAUGUUCAAACUAGUUGUUUCUAAUAGAGACUGUAAUAAUAA